AUGGAGGGCCAGUAUGUGUCUGUGAGCUCGUUUGAUUACAUAUGUUUGUCCUACCCAGACAGGGACACGGACCACCAGGCAGAGGAGCCGCGGGGCCCCGGGCCCUUCUAUUUCUUUGGAGGAGCUAACGGGGCUGCAUUAGUGUGCACUUACUGUGAGAGCAGGGGGUGGAGGAGGAUUUACAACAAGCACAGGGAGGACUUCAGGCUCAAGUGGUGUGAGACCAAGUCGCCAGCCAACUACUACAACUUCAGAGCAGGUGAACAGUUGGUGUACCAGAUUCCCAACAACAAGGUGCUCACCACCAAGAUCGGGCUCCUCAGCAGUCUCCGAGAAUUCGAGCGAGUCAGCAGUAAAGUGAACCAUGGACGCCUGAGGAGGCUGAAAAUGGAGGAGUUUAUUCCUGCGACCUUCCGCAUGGAUAUGAGGGAGGAGAGAGAGGCCUUUUUUGCUCAGCAGGAAGAUGUGAGCAACAAGGAGAGCCAGAUGUGGAUCUGCAAGCCCACAGGUCUGAACCAGGGCAAAGGGAUCUUUCUGCUCAAGAGCCAGGAGGACGUGGCCGCCCUCAGACUGAAGCUGCAGGAGCUGCAGGACAGCCGGGCCAACAGGAGGGGCUGCUUCCAGCCGCCUCAGGCUCGCAUUGUCCAGCGGUACAUCCAGAAGCCGCUGCUCCUGAAGGGGAGAAAGUUUGACGUGCGCUCCUACCUCCUCAUCGCCUGCACGGCUCCUUACAUGGUCUUCUUCCGCCAUGGCUAUGUGCGAUUAACCUGCGACCUCUAUGACCCCAGCUCCAGCAGCCUCUCUGCCCACCUGACCAAUCAGUACAUGCAGAAGAAGAACCCCCUGUACAGCCUGCUUAAGGAGGACACUGUUUGGUCCAUAGAGAGCUUCAACGCCUACGUCAACGACAAGUAUAGGGUUGCCAAAGGCCUGCCCAGGGACUGGGUGAAGGGGGCCUUUGCAAAGCGCAUGCAGCAGAUCAUGACCCAGUGUUUUUUUGCUGUCAAAUCCAAGUUGGACCGAAGACUGGGUUUCUUUGACCUGAUUGGCUGUGAUUUCAUGAUUGACGAUGAAUUCAAUGUGUGGCUGUUGGAGAUGAACUGUAAUCCGGCUCUCCAUACCAACUGUGAGGUGCUGAAGGAGGUGAUCCCUAGGACUGUUAAGGAGACACUGGAUAUAACUCUGGAGAUCUUCAACAAGUGUCGCUGCCGACAGCAGAUCCUUCCCCUGGCCACUCAGAGGGAGUUUCUGCUGUUGCAUAGUGGUGCAUUCCCUCCUGCUUCUGUCCUGCCAGGUGGCAAGAACACAUUAGGUGGAAGCACACUGAAGAGUACAUGCCACCAAAAAAGUACCAAAAAGAACCCAAAGACUGAAGGUACAAUUUGUAAGUCGGGGAAUGCGGGCAAACUUGCGUCCGUGUCAUCCUCGGACACAUCUGUGGACGUCUUAGAAACUGCCACAGAAUAUGAAGAGCCAUCAGUGCAGGUGCCUUUGAAUGCCGUCACUUGUGAAAUGACAGAGGCUCUCGGGAACAGCCUCAGUCUGCCCGAACCCACCCGGGCUCGGACAGAACACAAGACAAGCAAAUGUGCACUGGAUCGCCAGCGGAAGAACGUGGACCAGCUCAGGCACCCCGAGGGACAGCAGAAGAAGAGGAGCAUCAAGUCAAAAUCAACAGCAGCACUGAGCGGGAGGACGCAGAGCUCCAUCUCCCACUCAAUAUCGACUAAGUCCGGUCGCCUGAAGCCUGAUGCAACUCAGUCCUCACGCACCUCCCUGCAGCCCAAACAGGUUCCUCUCAGCCCACCUCAUGUGGGACGCCCUGUGUGGGUGGACACACAUGACAAAGGAAAUCGACCUGGGGAAGAGGAGCUGACAGAGGACACAAACGGUUUAGCCUUUGACAAGAAAGAGGAACUGUAAUGUAUUACAUGCAAAUAGAUAUGAUUUACAAAGCCAUAUCCAGAAGAGACCUAUGCAAUGGUCAGGUGGUGCUGUUUUUUUUUUGUUUGUUUUUUUCCACUGGACAAAUAUCAGGGAGUGGUUUGAACUCUGCUCCCCAAUGUGAUAGUAAAGAAUCUGUUCAUCACUUGAAUAAAGAUAAAUGCUUAUACUGCCA